CAGCCUGGCGAUACAGUGAGACUCUGUCUCAAAAAAAAAAAAAAAAAAAUAGCUCCCUGCAUGUAUCAGAGAAACUUUCAUGUAUGUCUGGGGAGAUGUGUACACAGCUUGUCUCACUAAUUGUGGAAAAGUCAAACCAGUUGAAAAUAGUGAACUGGAGUUUUGUACAUCUGCAUGGAUAAAUCUCAGAAAUGUAAUGUUGAGCUUUUAAAAAAGCUAGUUGCAACAGGAUAAUACCAGCCCAUCACUGUUUGUAUGAAGCUUGAAAACAUAUGUAUGAUUUAUGGGCACAUACUUGUGAAAAUAAAAAGCAUGUAUGGGAAGCGGAGUUUGGUAGCCCAUCCCUGUAGUCAGUCCCAGCUGCUUGGGAGGUGGAGGCGGGAGGAUCACUUGAGUCUAGCCUGGGCUACAUAGUGAGGCUCCAUGUCUUUAGUAGAUAGGUAAGUAGGUAGGUAAAUAGAUAUGAUUGAUUAGAUAGAUAGAUAGAUAGAUAGACAGCAUGUAUAGGAAUUAUAUACACUAGUGGUUUUCAGACUUUAGCAUGCAUCCAAAUCACCUAAAGGAUUUAUUAAAACACAGAUUUUCAUUUCUGAUUCAGUAGGUUUGGAGUGUGGACCCAAGAAUUUGCAUUUCUCCCAGGUUCCUGGACGAUGAUGCCACAGGUCUGGCGACCACAGUUUGAGAAUCUCUGAUGUCCACCAACUUGAAGAUAGUGAUCACUUCUUGGGAGGGGAAAAACGAUCCUGUUUGCUGUGUAAUCCUGAGAAUGGGCUGCAAGAGAGGAAAAACUGGGCGUCUGCUUGGGAAUCUCUUGCGGAAACCCAGGGUGUUUCCAGACCAGUCCCUGGGCGCCAACUAGAGUAUGGACUGACCAGGUACCUGGAUGGAGACCUGAGCUGGAGAAGGAGAUGCGCUUGGAAAUUGCAGAGGCCGUCAACAUGGAAAAGCAGCCCCAGAACAAGAGGAGAGGCCUUGCCCCCCGAGAGGUGCCACCAGCCGUUGGGCUGCUGCUGAUCAUGGCCCUGAUGAAUACUCUGCUCUACCUCUGCCUCGACCACUUCUUCAUUGCUCCUCGACAAUCCAUUGUGGACCCCAGACACUGUCCCUAUGGUCACUUCAGGAUAGGGCAGAUGAAAAACUGCUCACCUUGGCUGUCCUGUGAGGAGCUGAGAACAGAAGUGAGACAGCUAAAGCGUGUCGGGGAAGGAGCCGUGAAGAGAGUCUUUCUGUCUGAGUGGAAGGAGCACAAAGUUGCUCUCUCACGGCUUACCAGCCUGGAGAUGAAAGAUGAUUUCCUCCAUGGACUGCAGAUGCUGAAAUCUCUACAAGGCGCACAUGUUGUCACGCUGCUUGGCUAUUGUGAGGAUGACAACACUAUUCUUACUGAAUAUCACCCUCUAGGUUCCUUGAGUAACCUGGAAGAAACACUAAACCUUUCAAAGUACCAAAAUGUGAACACGUGGCAGCACAGGCUGCAGCUGGCCAUGGACUAUGUGAGCAUCAUUAAUUACCUGCACCACAGCCCCAUGGGCACACGGGUCAUGUGUGACUCCAAUGACCUGCCCAAGACACUGUCCCAGUAUCUGCUGACAAGCAACUUCAGCAUUUUGGCAAAUGACUUGGAUGCCUUACCCCUGGUGAACCACAGCUCUGGGACACUGGUGAAGUGCGGCCACAGGGAGCUGCAUGGGGAUUUUGUGGCUCCAGAGCAACUGUGGCCCUACGGAGAGGACAUGCCUUUCCGUGAUGAUCUCAUGCCCUCAUAUGACGAGAAGAUUGACAUUUGGAAGAUCCCAGACAUCUCCAGUUUCCUUCUGGGGCACAUUGAAGGGAGUGAUAUGGUCCGAUUCCAUUUGUUUGAUAUUCACAAAGCAUGCAAGAGCCAGACUCCCUCAGAAAGACCCACUGCCCAGGACGUUCUGGAGACCUACCAGAAGGUCUUGGAUACACUUAGAGAUGCUGUGAUGUCUCAGGCAAGAGAGAUGCUGUGAAAACCAGUCCAGCCAAUGAAGGUCAUAUAUCUAAUAAGGAAUUGAUAUCCAGUGUACAUGUAGAACUCCUGUAAUUCAACACAAAAACCAAACAGUCCAAUUAAUAAAUGGAGAAGAGAUUUGAAUGAACAUUUUUCUAAAGAACAACUCAAGCUCAAGAUUUCCCAGAUAACUUUUCUUUCUUCAAAAUCUUCUUCUGUGUUUCCUUAUCUGUAGGUGGCACAGCAUGCAUCUGAUUUCCCAAGCCAGAAACCUCAGAGUCAUUCUUGACUCCAGGAAGAAAUACUGAGUUUUUAAAAACUCAACUUAUUGAUUCAUUAUUUCAUAUAAUAAAAUGCAACAGUUUUAAGUGUAUAUUUCAAUGAGUUUUGAUACAUUUAUGUACUUGUAUCACUAUCCCCAUAGAUAAAGAGACAAAGCAUUUCUAUCACACCGGCAAUUUCCUAUGUGUCCCAUCCCAAUCAAUCCUUUCUUCUCUGCUGGCUCCAAGCAAUGACUAUUUCCUAUCUUUUUGGAAAGAUUAGAAUUUCUUUUCUAGAUUUCCAGUAAUGGAAUCAUACAGUGUCUAAGUCUAUUUGUGGUGCUAUAACAAAAUACCUGAGACUGGGUAAUUUAUAUAAAUUAUAGGAAUUUAUUUCUCACAGUUCUGGAUGCUGAAAAGUUUAUGAUCAAGGCACUAGCAGGUUUGGUGUCUGAGGGCCCAGUUUCUUCUUUGAAGAUGGUGCUUUGAACACUGUCCUCACAUGGUAGAAGGGGCAGAUAGGCAAAAAAAAAAAAAAAAAAAAAAAUGAGAGCAAAUGCUGUGUGCAGCCCCGCUCAUAAAGGGCUUAAGCUCAUUCAGCAGGGAAGAGCUCUCAUGACUUAAUCACCUCCAAAGGCCCCAUCUCUUAAUACUAUUGCAUUGGAGAUUAAGUUUCAACAUAAAUUUUGGAGGGACACAAAUACUCAAACUGUAGAAUAUAGUAGUGUAGUGUAGUAUAUAUUUUUUGUGUCUAUCUGCUUUUGUUCAGUGUAAUGUUUUUGAGGUUCAUCUACGUUGUUGCAUGUAUCAGUAGGUUAUAUCUAUUGGUGCAUAGUUAUUCCAUUGUAUGUCUGUACCACACUCUUCAUUUAUCUGCUGAUGGAUGUUGCAUUGUUUCCAGUUUUGGGAUAUUAUGAAUAAAACUGCUGUUAACCUUAAAAUAUAA